AUGGAAAAUGAAAGCUCUUUUGAUGUGAGCAUACUAUCUCCAAUCACACGAGCCGGUGUUAUUCUCACGAUUGAAAGACUUUCGUGCUACGAAAAGCUCAGCGGUGCGGGAUUCAAAGUGUCCACAAUUGUGCCAAUUCUGCAAAAAGGCCCACAGUAAGUCAAUGACAAGAUAAUUUAUGUUUCAUACUUGCAUUUACGAGAAAAAUAUAUCAAUAUAUAGUCAAUUAAUCAGUUUUAUCUCCACGGCUAAUGUUUUUAAUGAAAAAAAAGUUUCAGAUGUGGGAUGGUUGCUUUGAAAAUGGCUUUGCAUUGUACUGGAUGCGCAGUAGACGUUCAGGAUAUAAUCGAAGAAGCGCGUUCGAAGGGCUUCUCUAAACAAGGAGAAUUGUAUUCUGGUCAGAAAACUUUCAACAAAUCUGAAGUCUGAACUGUAGCGCCUAAAAGCGCGCCCGAAAGUUUCUUUGCCGCAUGCUGUUUCUUCACUCUCUGACUGCGAGAAAACGACGGAAUAGCAUGCGGCAGUAAAAAAUUCGGUCACGCCUUCAAGCGCUGCAGUUCAGAAGCCUUUCUGAAGCAGAAAACUUUCAGUGAGUCAUAUGGCGGACUUAGCUAAUAAAUUUCAUCCGGGAUGCGCUAAAGUCUCCGACUUUCCAAGCUCCCGAGAAUUUUCUGAGAAAAUUCUGUCGGGUUCACUAAUUUUACUGCCAUACGACUGCGACAAAAAUUGCAACGCUGUUAAUCUCAACGGGCACAAGGCUCAUUGGCUUCUUGCGGUGAGCAAUACAUUCUUUAAAUUUCAACCAGCGCCUGUUUCAGAAUGGAAUCAUGCACGUCGACGAGGAGUACACUGGAUUCAAAGCUUUGACGAAGACAGCCCAAUUUACGGAUGAAAACACUUUUGUUUUCGGCUACCAAGGGAAGAGCAAGUGAGAGAAAUUUUAUACACAAACGAAAGAUGUCGAACUCUCUCCGAUUGAAAAAAUGAUAAUACUAGAACCGUUCAGUCAAUCAAGUGAUCUUCCAUUAUGGAGUCCUAUAUAUUGCUUUUUUUUAAAUCCAAAAACGUAUCUUACAAGAGGAAUUUCGCAGAUUCAUGGGUUUGUACGACUACAAGAAGCUUUUCGAAAGCAACGCUCAACUUUUUGAGGCAGGACCGCUCCGCUCUGCCGACGAAUACGUUAUCAAUAACGCUUCCGAUCUCUCAGAUCUACGUUCAAAAGUUGUCAUAAUAUCUUGA